ACACCAAAAAUCACACCGUCACAAGGAAGCGGACACUCAAAACUUUUCAAAAUCCAAGCGCCCCAAAGGCCGUUUUCGAACCCGACGCUGCCGUCCGUCCGAUGGGAACGAUCUGCCGGCGCCAGGCGGCCGAGGCCGACGACGGCGAACACGUCUGGGCCGCCCCUCCGGUGCCCUAGCCCCCACGCCCACUAUAAAAUCAGCUCCAUUUCUGGACACUCUCAUUUCAUUUACCACACCCUGCUCUCGCUCUUGUUGUGACGGUCGAUUCGCUUGUACAAGGUAGCAACCUUGAGAUCCAGCCAAGAUCCAGCCAUGAGGGAGAUUCUCCACAUCCAGGGUGGACAGUGCGGCAACCAGAUCGGUUCCAAGUUCUGGGAGGUCGUCUGCGACGAGCAUGGUAUCGACCCCACCGGACGCUAUGUCGGCACCUCCGACCUCCAGCUCGAGCGCGUCAAUGUCUACUACAACGAGGCCUCAUGCGGCCGCUUCGUGCCGCGCGCUGUGCUCAUGGACCUCGAGCCCGGCACCAUGGACAGCGUCCGCACCGGGCCGUACGGACAGAUCUUCCGGCCCGACAACUUCGUCUUCGGCCAGUCUGGUGCAGGGAACAACUGGGCCAAGGGCCACUACACAGAGGGCGCUGAGCUCAUCGACUCUGUGCUUGACGUCGUGAGGAAAGAGGCGGAGAACUGCGACUGCCUUCAAGGAUUCCAAGUUUGCCAUUCCCUUGGAGGAGGCACAGGAUCUGGAAUGGGCACCCUUCUCAUCUCAAAGAUCAGGGAGGAGUACCCUGAUCGGAUGAUGCUCACUUUUUCUGUCUUUCCCUCACCCAAGGUUUCAGACACUGUUGUUGAGCCAUACAAUGCAACACUGUCAGUCCAUCAGUUGGUUGAGAAUGCUGAUGAAUGCAUGGUUCUUGACAAUGAGGCACUUUACGACAUUUGCUUCCGAACUCUGAAGCUUACGACGCCUAGCUUUGGAGACCUGAACCACUUGAUCAGUGCAACAAUGAGUGGAGUGACUUGCUGCCUCCGCUUCCCUGGACAGCUGAACUCGGACCUGCGCAAGCUCGCAGUCAACCUGAUUCCGUUCCCUCGCCUGCACUUCUUUAUGGUCGGCUUUGCGCCACUCACCUCGCGUGGCUCGCAGCAGUACCGUGCUCUCACUGUCCCUGAGCUAACCCAGCAGAUGUGGGAUGCCAAGAACAUGAUGUGUGCUGCUGACCCGCGUCAUGGCCGCUAUCUCACAGCAUCUGCCAUGUUCCGUGGAAAGAUGAGCACCAAGGAGGUGGACGAGCAAAUGAUCAAUGUCCAGAACAAGAACUCGUCCUACUUCGUGGAGUGGAUCCCCAACAAUGUGAAGUCCAGUGUUUGUGAUAUCCCGCCGCGCGGCCUCUCCAUGGCCUCCACCUUCAUUGGCAAUUCCACCUCCAUCCAGGAGAUGUUCCGCCGUGUGAGCGAGCAGUUCACUGCUAUGUUCAGGAGGAAAGCUUUCUUGCAUUGGUACACUGGCGAGGGCAUGGAUGAGAUGGAGUUCACCGAAGCUGAGAGCAACAUGAACGAUCUGGUGUCUGAGUACCAGCAGUACCAGGAUGCCACUGCCGAUGAGGAGGAGUACGAGGACGAGGAGGAGGUCCAUGACGAGUAAGGUGAUCUUGGACCCUGCUGCAUAUUGUACCGUCUCUGGACCUGGCUUUCUUUCAAGCUGGAGCUUAGGUUUGGUUGUUGUAUUCGAACAUGCUAUGAUGGGUAUGAUGUAGUAGUACUUUCGUGGGUAGCAUGCUGUAUGCUACCACUUGCCCUCUUUCACCUAGCUGCUUGAUUUGCUACUUGUCCGACCUCUUGUGUGGCUGGACCUCAAUCCCAUCGCUCUUGCCAGAACCACAUUUGCCGUUGUGCCAUUUAGUGAAUCCUUGUAUGAUUGCCUGCCAUCGUAGUUCUUUCUCCAGGAUCUAGAUGCAGCUGAUAUUUCCUAA